AUUCGAAGUCACCAUGGGAGAUGAGGAUUGGGAAGCAGAAAUCAUCAAACCUCACGUCUCUUCCUAUGCCUCUGGGGUGGAGAAGGAUAGAUUCUCUUCUGGAGCAAAUGGAGACACUCCCAGCAGGACCCUGCCUUCGUCAUCAGAUAUGGACGAUGGUUCUUCUAGAAGAGAUCAUUUCAUGAGGAGUGGAUUUGGCUCUGGGAGAAGUUUGGGAAACAGAGAUGCUGGCGAAUCUACUAGAAGAGAGAGUAUGUCCACUGGAGGUGGUUUUGGAGUUGCGAAGGGCUUUGGAAGUAGAGGUUUUUCACAUAGUAAGUUUGAAGAAGGUGAUAGCUCUGGUUUCUGGAGAGAAUCUAAUAAUGACUGUGAAGAUUAUCAAACACGGAAGAGAGGAUUUUCCAAGAGAGGUGGCUAUCAAGAUGGAAAUGGCUCAGAAGCCUCAGGUCCCCCCAGAAGAGGUGGAAGAGGUAGUUUCCGAGGUUGCCGUGCUGGAUUUGGCCUAGGAAGUCCAAAUAAUGAAAACAAUGAAGAUGAAGGGAUGCAGCGCUCUGGUGGCUUUUACGGUUCUAGAAGAUCAGCCUUAAGUGCCACAGGUAAUGGUGACACGUUUCAAAGCAGAAGUGGCAGUGGAAGUGGACGAGGUGGUUACAAAGGUUUAAAUGAAGAAGUGAUAACAGGUUCUGGAAAGAAUUCUUGGAAGUCAGAAGCUGAAGGAGAAGAAAGUGGUGAUACUCAAGGACCAAAAGUGACCUAUAUACCCCCUCCUCCACCCGAGGAUGAGGAUUCCAUCUUUGCACAUUAUCAGACGGGCAUAAACUUUGACAAGUAUGAUACUAUUCUUGUGGAGGUUUCUGGACAAGACCCACCGCCAGCGAUUCUGACUUUUGAAGAAGCUAAUCUUUGUCAGACAUUGAAUAACAACAUUGCUAAAGCUGGCUAUACAAAGCUUACUCCUGUGCAGAAAUACAGCAUUCCUAUUAUACUUGCUGGAAGAGAUUUGAUGGCUUGUGCUCAAACAGGAUCUGGGAAAACCGCAGCUUUUCUCCUGCCAAUAUUGGCUCAUCUGAUGCGUGAAAGAGUAACUGCCAGUCGUUUUAAAGAGCUACAGGAGCCAGAGUGUAUCAUUGUAGCACCAACUCGAGAACUCAUCAACCAGAUUUAUUUGGAAGCCAGAAAAUUUUCUUUUGGGACUUGUGUAAGAGCUGUUGUUGUCUAUGGGGGAACCCAGUUGGGGCAUUCAAUUCGGCAGAUAGUACAAGGUGUUAAUAUAUUGUGUGCAACUCCUGGAAGACUGAUGGAUAUCAUAGGUAAAGAAAAGAUUGGUCUCAAACAAAUCAAGUAUUUAGUUUUGGAUGAAGCAGAUCGCAUGUUGGAUAUGGGUUUUGGACCAGAAAUGAAGAAGUUAAUUUCUUGCCCAGGAAUGCCGUCAAAGGAACAACGUCAAACCCUUAUGUUUAGUGCAACAUUUCCAGAAGAAAUUCAAAGGUUGGCUGGGGAGUUUUUAAAAUCAAGUUAUUUGUUUGUUGCUGUUGGACAAGUGGGUGGAGCAUGCAGAGAUGUUCAGCAGACCGUUCUUCAGGUUGGCCAGUAUGCAAAACGAGAAAAGCUUGUUGAAAUUCUGCGAAACAUAGGUGACGAAAGAACAAUGGUCUUUGUGGAAACUAAGAAAAAAGCAGAUUUUAUUGCAACUUUUCUUUGUCAAGAAAAGAUAGCAACUACAAGUAUUCAUGGUGAUCGAGAACAGAGGGAAAGAGAGCAAGCUCUUGGAGAUUUUCGUUGUGGAAAAUGUCCAGUUCUUGUUGCUACUUCAGUAGCUGCCCGAGGGCUGGAUAUUGAAAAUGUUCAACACGUUAUCAAUUUUGAUCUUCCUUCUGCCAUUGAUGAGUAUGUUCAUCGGAUUGGGCGUACUGGUCGUUGUGGGAAUACUGGCAGAGCUAUUUCCUUCUUUGAUCCUGAGUCAGAUAACUAUUUAGCACAGCCUCUUGUGAAAGUACUGACAGAUGCUCAACAGGAUGUUCCUGCGUGGUUGGAAGAAAUUGCCUUUAGUACAUACACUCCUGGCUUUAGUGGUAGUACAAGAGGAAACAUGUUUGCAUCAGUGGAUACUAGAAAGAAUUUCCAGGGCAAGAGCACAUUGAACACUGCAGGAUUUUCUUCUUCACAAACUCCCAAUCCUGUAGAUGAUGAGUCGUGGGAUUAAAGUUGAAAACGUGUCAAACCUGGGGUAUAGUUUUGAUGCAGAGAAGAAAAUAAUUUUGAUUUUUGAGUUAUUAACAGAAGUGUGAAACUGGACAUUCUUGUGUCUUUGUCCUUCUGUUCUUACUCCCACCCUUUAAAAUAUUCUGACUGACUAGUUAUGUGCAAUGCUACAAGUUACAGCAUUGCAGUUACUGAAGCAGGUGGUGUUUACUGGAAAUAUUAAAGUAUUCUAAAUGUCUUGCUUA